AUGUCAGAUAACGAGUACGAUGACGAUGUUUUUGACCAUCUUGAACUUGACGAUGAUGAUGUGUUUGACGACAUCGACGAAGACGAGCUUGUGGCCCUCGAGCGACCUGCAAAACGGGCCAAGACCGAAGCAUCAGAGGUCGAAAGGAAUCUAGCGCUUGGCGAUAGUCACAUUGCACUGGCCGAACGGAUUCUUUCCAACCAGUUUGGCUUCAAGGCGUUCCGGCACGAGCAGGCAGCCGCCAUUCAGCAUAUUCUGAAAGGCGAUAAUGUCCUCGUCAUUUUCCCCACGGGCGCAGGCAAGUCGUUGUGCUAUCAAAUCCCCGCCAUUGCCUUCCCCGAGCUGGACGGCCCAGAGGGCACACGAGAGCCAGCCGAGGCAGGCGUGACCAUUGUGGUCUCACCUCUGAUCGCCUUGAUGAAAGAUCAGGUCGAUGUCCUCAAGAAACGCGGCAUCCCGGCCGAAAGCAUUGACUCGAGCAAGACUUGGGAAGAACUUCAGAUGAUAUACCGUGCUCUGGCACGAUCACAGUUACGGAUCUUGUACUGCGCACCAGAGCGGCUGAACAACGAGGGCUUCGUCGAAACCGUCAAACGGAUUCCUGGCGGCAUCCGUUUGCUGGCUGUGGAUGAAGCACACUGUGUCUCCGAGUGGGGACAUUCAUUUCGUCCUGACUAUCUCAAAGUUGCUCGAUUUGUGGAUGAAAUCAAGGCAGGGCGUGUCGUUUGUCUCACGGCUACGGCUACUCCCAAGGUUGCCGAGGACAUUUGCAAGGCAUUCUCAAUACAGCCAGCAUAUGUCUUCCGAACAACACCAUACAGACCAAAUGUCUCCCUAGAUAUCAUGCUAGGCUUUCAUGUCAAGUCGGAGCGCGACAAGCGCUUUGAAGAAUUGUUCAGGUUUCUGCGUGCCAACCCAGGGCCGACUCUCAUUUAUGUCGCCAUGCAGCAGCAAUCCGAGAUCCACGCCAAAGUGUUGGCUGCGCAGGGCUUCAAGGCCGCGCCUUUCCACGCCGGGCUCAAGACCGAAGUCAAACAACGGACCCAAGACGACUUCCUCUCUGGAAAAGUUGACAUUGUCUGUGCCACGAUUGCAUUCGGCAUGGGCAUCGACAAACCAGAUAUCAGGAACGUGGUUCACUGGGACUUGUCUAACACAGUCGAAGAAUACAGCCAACAGAUUGGGCGUGCAGGACGGGACGGAAAGCCGAGCAAAUGUAUGUUCUAUCUUGCUCCUAGCGCCUUCUACCUGCGCGAGGUCUUUGCUCGCGGUGACCUCCCGUCAAGAAGCUCGCUGGCCGGAUUGGUUUUUGAUAUCUUCAAGGAAGCUCUAGGGGUCCCUGUCGGGGGUGUCUUCAAGACCAAUCACUAUCGGCAGCAAAAGGACUUUGAUAUACGACCAAGUCCCCUCAGCAUCAUAUACGCCACCUUGGAGCUCCAUUUCGGCUUCAUUCGAGCUACGACCCCGGAGUAUUCAACCUACAAGUUUGAGGCUAUGCCGUCGUAUUUUGGCAUCAUCAAACAACACAAGAGUCUCGUCAUCGACGCCAUCUACAAGAACGCCAAGAAGAAGCUCAAGUGGUACGAUCUUGAUGUUUACGAAGCUGCGUCGUACAAGAACACAGGCUUGACCCGUGGCGACAUCGUGGCCAAGCUGAACCAGCUUGAUCAACAGGGCCACAUUAGACUGAAAGCGAGCGGCCUAAUGAACCGCUACAUUGUCCAAAAAGCCUUGCCCAGGACACACGAGGACAAGGAAAAGGUGGUUGACAAGUUGUACAAGGAUUUAACAGAUCGAGAAAAAGAUGCCCUGCAACGAUGCAAGGAGGUCAUGAGUUUGAUCACCGGCUCCAAGUGUUUUGCCUUGUCUCUGGCACAACACUUUGGUAUGGGCCUGCCCAAAGACAAGGAAAAGUGCGGGCACUGUUCCUUUUGCCUCACAGGCAAACCAAUUCAGCCCCCCAAACUCACUGUGACGCCAACGAUGGCUUCGAGCAUUCAAAAGGUCCUCGAAGCUACAAAUGUCAGAGAUGACCCACGCUUCCUCGCGCGCGUGGCGUAUGGUAUUCGAAGCCCCCGGGUGACGGCGUUGAAACUGGACAAGAGCCCGGUGUUUCGUUCAUUGGCGCAUCACGAUUUCGAAGUAAGUCAAUCAAAGUCAUUGCUUGACUAUUGCUGA